AUGGACGCUACCCCUCGUUUCCGGCUGUUCGACAACCGCCGGGGGAGCAGCAUCAACCAGAUGGACGAAGAAGCAGGUCGUCAGACGGCGACGACCCUGCCCCGCCGGCGCACACUUAUUACCUCCUCCGUCGCCGUCGCAAGGCAGCGAAGGCGGAACCGGAGGAGGCCCGGCGCCCGCCGAGGCCUAGCGGCUCUCGUCCCGCGACUGCUGGCUUCUUCCGUCUCUAGUAGAGCAAGCCGGCGCCGAGCGCUGCUGCUCCUGCUGGUGCUCGCGGCGUGCGGCGCCGGGGUGCUCGCGAGCGCUCGGCUGCUGGCCCGGGCGUCGUCGUCGCAUUCGUCCUGGCCGUCCUCGUCGUCCGCGCCAGGAUACUUGCAUUCUUCCGGCGCAGGCUCCGCUGAUAGAGACGACGACGAUGGUGAUGAUGAUAAUGAUGAUGCCGAUCGCCAUAAGCACCGCCGCCCCGCCGUGAGUCUCGGCCCAGACGCGAUCCCUUCCGUGCUGCUGGUAGAGCGAGGGCCGUCAGGCUUGCCGUCUGGACCGGCGCUGCCCGGCGGCGCGCGGAAAGCGAGCAGCCUUGUUGAUCCGGCGGGCGCCGUGCCAGGCGGCGGCGGAGGCGAGACUCGGGGGGGGAGGGGGCGAGAGAACAGUAGUAAUCCCUACCGGUGUCGAAACACCGUUCAGGGGGCUACGCUCGUGGCGGACUCGGAAGGGAGGGUGUGUCACCGUGCGGAGCUAGUAGUAGAGGAAGGCGACGAUGAUGAUGUCCGCCACCGCCCGGGGUGUUGCGCCGCGCGCCCGCCAGCGCUGCCGCUGCUUCCGCCGCGCGACGGCGGCGGCGGCGGCGAUCUCGCCGCCAGUUCUCCUCCUGCGGCUGACGACAAGCACAAGCGUCCUCCCGCGGCGACACGUUCCGUCCCGACGACGACAUCAACGGAGACCCGCCGCGGGGGAGAGGGAGUGGUGGUCGUGGAGCUGGCGGCUCUGGCGCACGGCAGCGGCGGCGGCGGCGGCGGCGGCGGCGGCGGCGGCGGCGGGGGGGGGGUUCCACCGGAAGAGGCCCUGUCGACGCCAUUCUCGUGCUGGAGCUGCGACGUGGGAGAAGACGGCCCCUCCGGGAGCAACGGCGGCGGCAACGACAGCCCUUCUUUCUCAUCGUGCUGCAGCUCGUACGAGUUUUGUGUGUCGUGCUGCCAGAACCCCCAGCGGGGGGAGGAGCGGGAGGCCAUCCAGGCGUCAGCCGCGCUCUCGGGACACCCGGCCUAUCGCGACCUCCUAGGGUCCGGUAACAACGACGCGGCGAACGGGAGAGAACCCCCGCCCCCGCGUCAACUCCGGGCUUCGGCUGCGGCGGCGGAAGCAGGAGGAGUUGAAAAAAACGGCCAACAAGUGGAAGCAGAAGAACGCGACGCGCGAGAAUUGGCCUUCGCCCACUGCGCCUUCAGAUGUCGGACCUACUCCGGAAGCGUCGCGCACGAGAACUCUUACCGCAGCCCGCUCAAGCACUGCUUCGGGAGGUUCCGCCCUCCAGCUGCAUCAGCAGCGGCGGCUGCGUUGCCCGGGGGAUGGGGUGGGGUGGUAGAGGGCGGGGAGAGCCGAGGCGCGCCGCCACUCCAGUUGGACCCUCUUCUUUUUGCCUUGGCGGAGCCAUGA